UUUUUAGCAUACAAUCGAACGUUGUAAUAACAGUUCCUGUUAGUGACAAAGUCUUACAACUAGCCUUAGGAGGAAUAUACACACUUGUCUUAGUAGAAAGAGGCAGAAUCAUUGAGUUUGCGAAGCUGUACACCAUGUCACCACCUAAUGAUGUGAACAUAAUGUGGCUAAUACCGCAAUACUUCUUGAUAUCCGUCGCCGAAAUCAUGUUCGGAAUAGCAGGUUUAGAGUUCUCCUUUACUCAGGCUCCUAAAAGUAUGAAAACUGUCACUAUAGCUGCUUGGUACUUAUCCGUUGCGUUCGGAAAUUUCAUGGUCAUACUUAUAACGCAAUUGAACAUUUUCCAAAGUCAGGCAUAUGAAUUCUUUUUAUUUGCUAUAUUAAUUGUUGGUGAUAUGAUGAUAUUCAUGCAAAUGGCUUCAAGAUAUAACUAUGUGGAAUUGGAAGCGGAUAGUUCAGUGUUUAUUUUGAAUACUGAGAGGACUCCUUUGAUGAGAGCUUUCACAAAUGACGAAUACGAUUACGAUUAAUAUAUGCAUUAUUAGAU